AUGUCCAUCAAUUGUCACUACUACCAAACGGAUAGCGACACUUCUGCAAGAUUCAAGCACCAUCGCUUCUACGAUUUUCGCUCCCUAGAUGCCCGGUAUCAGCUCCACUCAAACGCCUUCACUGAUGACUGGAGCAUCCAGACCUGGGGCACAGCACCUGCACCGUCAAGGCCGGUCAGAAUGCAGCGCAUUGCUCAAAAUGUCAAUAUUCGACACGAGAAAGCAAAAGAUUCUAAUUCAUAUCUUUCCCUGCGGGCAUCCAGGACUAAAGACUCUUACAACACCGCAGAAAUCGAGUUCAAGCAGCAGAACAUCCUCCACGCUUCGAUUCGUGUUCGCGCUCGUGUCAGAGGUGCAGCUGGUGCCUGUGCCGGUAUCUUUACCUACCGCGACGAUAGCUGCGAGAGUGACAUCGAGAUGUUGACGAGUGAUCCGACAAAUCGAAUCCAUUAUACCAACCAGCCUGGCACUGAUAGUAAUGGAGAGGAGAUGCCUGAUGCCUCCACUAAUAUGACCCUGCCUGGGGGAGCGCGCUGGACUGACUGGAAUGACCAUCGCUUGGAUUGGACCCCUGAGACGAGUGCUUGGUACGUCAAUGGGGCACUAGCUACUACGAAGACGUACAGCAUUCCCAAGAAAGCAAGCUCGGUGAUAUUGAAUAUGUGGGGUGAUGGUGGUUCGUGGACUGGGGAUAUGGACGUGGGUGCUUCUGCGGAUCUUCAAGUUCAAUGGAUCGAAAUGGUGUUCAACACCACUGAUAUAGUACCACGAUCCAACAAAUUCACGUCGCAGCGAGACGUGGUCUGCCUCGUGGACAAAGUAAGGAGAGGCAGGAGAUGA